AUGUCUUCAAAUACAUCACAAUAUGCCUGCUACAAAGAUUGUUUAGCUAGGCGUCUGCUCAAUCUCCAAUCGACCUCUCGCUCUCCGGAGCAGAUCGCUACGGCGGACGAGCUGGACGACUUCACCUCCUACCUCGCCCAGGAGACCUGGUUCGACUUGCCCGAAUCCAUUCGCAAUGCCUCAUACGAUAACCGAAACAGCAUUCCGGACCAGGACACCCUCCGCCUCGAUUCCCCCGCCUUCGCCGACACCUUGACAUCCUACGGGCUCGUCCCCGACGCCAACGACGCCGCCGAGCUGCUCCGCAAGGUCCUAGAAGACUAUAUAAAAGAGCAAACGUCGCCGUUGCCCCCGUGGUCCGCGACGCGUACGACGGCGUGCGAGAUCUGCGAGCGUGAUGUGCCGCUAACGUACCAUCACCUCAUCCCGCGCUCGACGCACGUGAAAGUUAUCAAGAAGAAAUGGCAUCCCGAGUCGAUGCUCAAUUCCGUCGCGUGGCUUUGCAGACCAUGCCAUUCAGCGGUGCACCACGUCGCGCCCAACGAAACGCUCGCGCGAGAGUAUCAUACCGUAGAUCUUUUGUUACAGCGAGAAGACAUCCAGAAAUGGCGGAACUACGCUGCAAAGCAGAGAUGGGGCGUAAAGCGAGGAUGA